CUUUUUCGUUUUUGAAAUUUUUUAAGUUCAGUUUGAUCACAAUUUUUUUUGUAAGGAUUCGAGGGCCUCCUGAGCUUGAGGGCCCCGAGGCCUUGCACCGCCUAGCCCCUGAGUAGCUAUGCCAUUGUUUAAAUCUUCGAUCUAGUAGAAGCUAAAGCAAUGUACUUUUAAGUUAUUUAUAACAAUACAAUAAAACGAUAAACAGUUACCCUGUUCUUUGACCUUAUGUAACCCUUAAAAACGAUAACUACUACGAGUUAUAUAAAGUAUAAUCAACAUAAAACAAGAAAGCAACCGGAAUGUUUAUCUCAAUUUCAUUGCUUUACAACUUAUCAACACAAAUAGAGUACCUUGUAAACUGAUCAAAUAAUAAUGUGAUAUAAUUAGAAAUACUACGUAAAUAGUGAAAUUAGUGUAUUGUAUUCAAGUGCCUAAUAAAAUUAGAAAAAAAUCGUUGGAAAAAAUUACCUACCGAUUAAAACAUGGAUGAACGGUACAAACUUUGGGGUGGUUGCUUCGAGGAAGAGCCCUCAGCGGUGUUGCGUCGUUUGAACGAUUCUCUAGGAGUGGAUGUGAGGUUAUUUCGAGAGGAUGUUAGAGGAAGCAAGGCAUGGGCCACCGAGUUACAUCGGAGUGGACAUCUUACUAUCGAAGAUUAUGAAUCAAUUCAACAUGGUCUCGAUAAAGUAGAACAAGAAAUAGAGCAAGAGUUGAGCAGCAACGGGCGUUUGAAUGACCCUGAAGAGGAUAUUCACUCGGUAGUGGAGAGACGGCUGCGCGCGCACGCCGGCGAGGCCGCAUUGCGCCUGCACACCGCGCGCAGUCGCAACGACCAGUCUGCCACCAACACCAAGCUGUGGAUGAUGAGCGCGUUAGGAAGAGCACAGAGUGAACUCUUAAAUCUGAUAUCUGUUCUACUAAAACGAGCACAAGAAGACAUAGACGUCAUCGCUCCAGGCUAUACACAUCUGCAACGUGCCCAACCAAUACGUUGGAGUCAUUUCUUGAUGAGUUAUGCUUGGAUGUUCCGGGAUGAUGUCUGUCGAUUAGACGAACAGAUAGGUCGACUUUCAUCAUGCCCCCUCGGCAGUGGCGCAAUUGCCGGUUGCGCUUUGCCUAUAGAUCGAAAUAGAUUAGCCGAAAGUCUAGGAUUUCAAAACGUGACGCCUAACUCAAUGUUUGCUGUCGGUUCGCGAGAUCACAUCGUUGAAUUUCUGAAUUGGUCAUCUCUAUGCGGCAUACAUCUAAGUAGAUUGGCAGAAGAUUUGAUCAUCUACAGCUCACAAGAGUUUGGCAUCGUACAACAUUCUGAUCAGUUCUCGACAGGUUCAAGCCUCAUGCCACAAAAACGUAAUCCAGACGGCUUGGAGUUAGUGCGUGGUGCCGCUGGUCUCUUGCUGGGAGAUUCCUUCUCAUUCUGCUGCAUUUUAAAAGGCUUACCGAGCACAUAUAACAAAGACUUGCAAACAGAUAAAGAAAUACUGUUUAGAUCGUAUGACAGAUUACUGGAUUGUUUAAAAGUAACGGCUGGAACUGUUUCUACUAUGAAGAUAAAUGCUAAGAAGGCAGAGAGUCUAUUGGAGCCCGGCAUGUUGGCGACUGACGUGGCUCACUGGUUGGUGAGGCGCGGGGUACCAUUCCGACGCGCACACCAUCUUGUCGGCGCCGCCCUCCGCCGCGCCACCGCACUGGGCCUUGACUUACAGCUCUUGCCGCACGCAGAGUAUACCAACAUAUGUGCAGAGUUUGGUUCAGAAAAAGAGCUGCGAGAAGUAUUUUCAUGGGAAGCAAGCGUAGAACAAUAUACAAGUGAAGGCGGCACAGCGAAGGAAGCUUUGCUGUUGCAGAUGCAACAACUGCAGCAGUGGCUACACAACUACAACAUUGUCCGUAACAAUUGUGAUAAAAAGAGAGAAUAAUGUUUAAGUUCAUGAGUACAACCCGCGGCACGUAACUUUAGCGCUGACCGUUUAUGCGCAGAAGUCUAAAAUACGGUAUCGGAGGGGGGCUAGAGGUAUGAAGGGCGGGCGUGCGUAGCGUCCGUAGCGGUGAUUGGCUCUCUAGUCGUAUUUGGUCCCCGGCACUGAUACGACGCUCCGCGAACUCCCAGUGUAGUCGCGUUCUGAAUUGUUUUGUUAUUGCUAUUAAUUUUUAUUGUUGGUUUUCGUUAAGUUUAUUUGUUAAAUAAAUUUGAACUAUAAACUACUCGUAUAACACCUACACUGUGAACUUUGUAAUAUAGAAGUAAUAACCACAAUAUUUUAUUUAAUAAGUAUAAUAUAAUUAUGCGUGCGUGACAGUACCUAUGCACAGCUAUACCCCACAUUUCGUUUAUAGCUAGACUUACUAUUUAACAUAAACAUUAAAAUAAUGUCAUUAAAAUUAUUUACUUAUAAUAAACGUAAUAAUUGUAUUGUGUGCGCGACAGUACCGAUGCGCAGCUAUCCCCACCGUGUUUCGCUCAGCGCUAAAGUUACGUGCCGCGGGUUAUAGUCUACUGGAAAGCUACGAGUAGGUCGUAGCUUUCCUAUAAACUUCCCAGACAUCAGACUUUAUGAUGACUAUUGAAAUAGGUUACUUGCCUGCAUACGAAAACAAGAAGAUUUUUCAUUCACAUCUAAACUGCACAUAGGUAUAGUUUAGAUGUCUAGAAAAUUGAAUCACAUUUUUAUUUGUGAAAAUAAUCUCGUAAUUGUAAUAUUUUUAUAAAAAAAAAAAUAGAAGUGCUUUGUAAUUCUGUAAUUGAAAAUCUCUGGUGAAUUAAUAGGUAUGUUUUUGUAUAAAUCGUAUAAAUCUAGAUGUCAAUGGUGUAUUGACAAUUUUAGCGAACACAAUUUGACCAAAUAAGUGUAUUAUGUAAUCUUUUUAUUCUGACCGUCAAUUUAAUUGCACAUCCUGUAUUACUUUUCAUAUUAUAUAGACAUUUUUUAACAUUUAAUCGUGUAAUAUUUUCUCAAUGUUAAUUUAUGGGUUAAAAUAAAAACGGAACUUUUUUUAAAACAUAUAUUGUACCAUAUUAUUUAAAACUAAAUUUACCCUUUGAAGUAUACUACGAAUUAUACAAGAUAUAUUUACAAAAUGUAAUCGAUUACAAAAACAGGAUUUGUUAAAUUUUCAUUUAGAAACGUUACACGAUUUUUAGGUUACGGAACAUUGAUUACACUCUAUUCACAAAACUUAAGAUAUUAUUUUCUAAAAAGUAUUUCAAUUUUUCAGUCAGCAAAUACUAUUGUAUUUUCUUGUAUCAUAUAUAAAAUCUUCAUGAUGUCUGUCUGUACAGUAAAAAUAUUGGGACGUUGAAUUAUAAACCCAAAACAAUGUUUAUUUUGGUUUGUUUUAAAGAUUAUGUUUAUACAAAAUUAAUUUUAAAUUACAAAAA